UGAUUCCUGCAUUCCACUCUGCACUCUCAAAGGAGGAGAUUUCAUGAAGCAAACCUUUUUUAAUUUUAUUUCCUCUUUGCCUCUACAAUCUCCCAUUGAAAUAGAAUAUUUCUCUUUCGUAUUCAAUCAAUCUCGUACACAUAGAAGGAAAAUCAAUCAAAAGCAGCUUAAAUUUUGGCAAAUAUAACCCUAUCUCCGAUUCUCAUUUCCCUGUUAGGCUUAGGGUUGUGAUCGGUUUUGCCUUUGAUUCUCCUCAAUCUCAACCAGAAACGCCCCAUUUCGUUUUUUAAUUUCUUUUUGUAUGAUCACUAUUUCGACUUCUCCACUCCUCAAGCAGAAUCCUUUCAGAGAUUUUGAUUCCCUUCAGCAAUCAAAAUUACCCAUCCUUUUAUCUCCAGAGCAUCUUUAUCCUGCUGCUAUUAAUUGUAGCCAGUCUCGAUUCAUUUCUUGUUCUCUCACAAACAACCGUCACCGCAAUCAAAACCAAGAAGCCAUGAAGGUGCAUCCAAUGCCUAAGAAAAGAAACAACAUAACAAUCCAGUACUACAUCAACAACACCACUGGCAAUAACAUCAGCCAUCAGAGGGACCCAUCUUCCGGUGUGUCCCACAAGAAGUUAAGGAGGUUGCCCCACAUCUUCAGCCGGGUCUUGGAGCUUCCUUUCCGGUCGGACGCCGAUGUAUCGGUAGAGGAAAAUCCCGAUUGCUUCCGAUUCGUGGCUGAAACCGAUAAUAUCGGGGAUGUGAGAGCUCAUACAAUCGAAAUCCACCCUGGGGUUACUAAAAUCGUGAUUAGGCCAAAUGGGUAUCUGGAAUUAUCCUCAUUGGAUGAUUUGGAAUUGGAUAUGUGGAGGUUCAGGCUCCCGGAAUCAACGCGGCCAGAGCUUGCUAGCGCGGUUCUAAUAGACGGAGAGUUGAUUGUGACGGUGCCCAAGGGCGAUGAACUGGAGGAGGAAGGAAAUGGUAAUAAUGGGGAAUUUAGAGGAGGUAUGGGAAAUAAUAAUAACAAUGCUAGGCUUGUGCUUGUACAGUGAUAAUCAUAAUAACUGCUCUCUAGCUUUUCGCAUUUGUUAUUUCUUUAAAUGACUGUUUGUUGUGGAAGCUAGGUUUUGAAGUCGGUGGUUUGAAUUAGUUUUGUAUGUCUGCUUUUGUUUUUGAAUGAAACAUGUUCUCUUUAAUUUUUUA